AUGUCUUCCCAAACACUACCCGAAACACCCGCCGAAGACAAGCCCAUCACCCGUGUACAACUCUCCGGAGAAGAUACUACCUUCGCCGCUCAAGCUCUUCAAGCUCUCGGUACGGAGCCAUUUCACCAAUCAUUUUGGGCUGGACGACGCCAAACAGCCCCCGGCGAGGCUCAAGGCUCAGACGCUGCAUCGACCUCUUCCAUUACGCAAGAUAAGACCUACUGGAGCUACAAGUACCCCAAUGAGAUGUACGAUUUGGUCUCGGGAGACAUAGAGCUCCGCGAGCGAGCGACAGUCAUACAAAAGUACGUGUCCCACACCGGUACCAGUGGCGAUUCUGCUGCUGCACAUCGUUCGUUGUUCCGGCCACUUCCAGUCGCAACCUGCAAAGCUACUUGCAAAAAGUUUGACAAGGAUAGAACCCAAAUCGGCACCGCAUGGCCCGUGUCCGUCACUUACACGCUCGAAGCUCAAGCGCAGCUUUCCAGUACGUUUAGUGAGGAUGAAAAGGCGAUGUUGGCUAUGAGACUGGGUGCCAAUUGGUCGGCGUUCGGAUUAGCUGGCAAUAGUUCUCAGUUUGAAGAAGGGAGGGCGGCAGAGGACGAUUACCCUCCUUUUUCACAGAUGUACAGACGAGAGUCCGAAGGAAUACUGAACGACCAGGUUAGUGUAAGCGUACCCGACACGCCUCAACCGUGGUCAUACGAGACCGAAUUCUUGCUCAAUGACCACUCGAAAGGGAGCAUUGUCAAUACAUAUGCAAAAGCGGAUGCUGAUAUCAGCACGUUUUUGACAAUGAAAGUAUAUGACGUGGCUCCCGAGUCGUGA